AUGAGCGCGAACGUCCCGAUCAAGACGCUGCCCAGCGGAGCCAAGAUUCCUGCCGUCGACUCGGCGUCCUACAACGCCGUGCUGUCCGCGCUCAAGCUUGGAUAUCGCCACAUUGACACCGCCCAGUACUACGAGAACGAGGAGGAUGUCGGCCGUGCCAUCAAGGACUCGGGUAUCCCGCGGGAAGAAAUCUUCGUCACCAGCAAGCUGUCGAUUUUCAACUGGGGCGAGCAACGAGAAGCUCGCCUCGGGCACAUCGACUUGUAUCUACUCCAUGCUCCCGCCGAGCCUGCGACGCGCGACGAGACCUGGCGCGCUCUUGAAGAACUCCAGGAGCAAGGCAUCCUCAAGGACAUUGGCGUGUCCAACUUCGGCGAGGCCCAUCUCGAGAAGCUGCUGAAGACCGCCAAGUUCUGCAAGGAGAACGGCAUCCAGCUCGAGGCCUACUCGCCUCUGGCUCGGGCUCAGAAGAUGGAGGACCCAACACUGCUCGAGGUCGCCAACGAGGUCAACACCAGCCCUGCUCAGGUGCUGGUAGCCUUCAGUCUGGCCAACGGCUUCGUCACGCUCCCCAAGUCCGUCAACCCUGAGCGCCAGAAGACCAACUUGGAGGCUGUCAGCAUCAAAUUGACCCCCGCCCAGAUCGCGAAGCUGGCCGCUCUGGACGAGUACCUGGCCCUCGAGCUUCUUCUGCGCUCGAGCUCGUUCACGCUCGUCCAUCCGGUCUCUCGACCUGGCCGUGCCGAGCAUUAUUGCCUUGAGAGCGGACGCAUUGGGCCCAAUGCGCCGCACUUCUCCAGAUGCUUCUGCACUAUCCGCGCGUCGAAUCCCCCGCAGACGUACCUGGGCUACGGAAACAACAUCACCAUAACGAGGGGCAUCUCGGCUACCUCUGGACCCGCGCGCUACGCCCGGAUCCGCGCGGACUCCGACUGCGGCUGCGACUUCCUGAGUAGCGACUUCUAG